AUGCCACCCAUCACCGUGCGGGCCAAACAUCGCCGUCCUGUUCGUUUCCCAUCUUCCACAACUACUCACCCCCCACUACUCGCCACCUCCACUACCUCCAAGAAGCCCGGUCGAGAGGCCGAACGGGCCUCCCGCAAAACAAUGGCCAGUAUCAGCCAAGAACCGCGCCCGGGAAUCCCUGUCCUGUUCACGCAGCCGCCGCCCAUCCGGGACCCGCUCGUCACAGAGACCCUGGAUCUGCAGACCGAGACGGUCAACAAGUGCCUCCCGUUUCUGCAAGGCAUCCACACCACCCAACGAGGCCCCUUCAACGCCCUCGGGGUUCCCGCGCUUCAGCGGGACCACCAUAUAGCCUAUCUCUAUGACUCCCUGGAGGACUAUCCCGCCGGCUUUGUCGCCAUGGACGCCAGCCGCCCGUGGAUGGUCUACUGGGCGCUGGCCGGUUUAUCGCUCCUAGGCGAGGAUGUGACGCGAUUUCGCAAACGCGUGGUCGAAUCCCUUCGGCCCAUGCAGAACCCCACCGGCGGCUUCGGGGGCGGCCAUGGUCAAAGCUCGCAUCUGGCAGGCAGUUAUGCGACUAUCCUGGCACUGGCAAUGGUUGGGGGCGAGGAAGCUUUCGCAUUGGUCGAUCGCAAGGCAAUGUGGCAAUGGCUGGGCCGCGUGAAGGCGGCAGAUGGAGGCUUCUGCAUGUGCGAAGGCGGGGAGGAGGAUAUGCGUGGCGCCUACUGUGCUAUGACCAUUAUCUCGCUACUCGACCUGCCGCUGGAACUUCCGCCGGAUGUUGAAGCGCGCCGCGUGGGUCUCGAGAAUCUCACCAGCGGGCUCCCGGAAUACUUGUCGCGAAGCCAAACAUUUGAAGGAGGCAUAUCCGGCAGUCCCGGGUGCGAAGCGCAUGGCGCAUAUGCCUUUUGUGCACUGGCCUGCCUCUCUAUUUUGGGGCCUCCUGAAGAAACAAUAUUCCAGCACAUGAAUGUCCCUCUUCUGCUGUCUUGGCUAUCUUCACGCCAGUAUGCUCCGGAGGGCGGUCUUUCAGGGAGAACGAACAAGUUAGUAGAUGGGUGCUACAGCCACUGGGUCGGUGGGUGCUGGCCAUUGCUUCAGUCUGCGUUGGAUGGAAAGCCACAGGGCACUGGCCGCCCGGAGAUCUCAGUAGGCAGUCUGUUUAGCCGCGAGGGCCUCACUCGGUAUAUUCUGGGCUGCUGUCAAUCCCAUAAUGGGGGCCUCCGUGACAAGCCGGGCAAACACGCGGACUCUUACCAUAGCUGCUAUGUCCUCGCGGGCUUGAGCGCAGUUCAACACCACCACUAUCGCACCGACCACAGCGUCUCCUCGAGCGAGAUCUUCUCGUCAGCUUUCUCCUGGCGGUCUUCGCCGAAUCGCGCAGAGGACAACGUAUUUGAGAAGAGUGAUCGCUUGGCACCCUUUCACCCGGUGUAUGUCAUUCCGCACCAGGCAGCGGAGAGGAUGAGGCUCCGGUUUGAAGGCCAACCACUGCAGCCAUAG